UUAUUGGGUAACUACCAAAGAAGAAGACCACACGUAAGCUACCCAUGAAGCUAACCUGGAACUACCUUGGCUAACAAGUGUCCAAAUUUGUUGACUUAUGUCAGAAUAUGUGUGUACAUUGUACAUUUUCUGAUGGCGCACUGUACAGUAUAGUAUAGGCGCUGUCUUUAUUUAACAUGAUUGGUGGCAUGAAAUAUCUGAGGUAAACGUAAAUCAACAGUUUACGCAUGGUUUCAAUACUGUGAAGAGAGGAUUGAGCGGUUAGCAACUAAGAAUAUUUGCUGUAGCGACCCAUUGAUUUCACGUCACUAAGUUCUCCGUACUCGCCAUGAGUGCCUCCGUCUUCUUCACCCCUGCCAAAGACGAUCAGAUAUGGAUAGGUGGAAGACAAAGAGGAGAUGGGGAGGAAGACCGUAGCGCUUUGGCUCUCACUGGUGACGAGGCCAGAAACUUCUACCGAAGCCUUCUUGCGGAAAAAGAGCAGGGCCAGGAAACAAGAGGAGAACACUCAGGCAAAAGAGGCAAGAAAAACAAGGGAUUAGGAGAGCAGAGGCGGAGAGUUGGUCCACAUCACAGGAGAGGUGAGGAAAGAAGAGGAGAAACAGCAGAAGCAGGAGGUAGCGGUCGUGGGGGAGGAGCGAGAAGAGGAGGUGACGAAGGGGGACGAAGGCCGCAACCGCCCCAAGGCUCCAGCAGUGAGAAAGAUGGACACAGGCUCCUCCGUGUCGCACAGGAAGGGGACCUCGCCACCUUGCGCAAGCUUCUCAAGGGCCCGCACGUGGAUGUGAACUUCCACGACGGGUUCUACUGGACUGCGGUGAUGUGCGCCAGCCAUGCGGGCCGGGCGGAGGCCGUGCGGCUGCUGCUGGACCAUGGGGCCUCUUGGGUGGGGAUGGUGGACACGCAGGGGCGGGACGCACGCGACCUGGCCGAGCAGGCCGGCCACAACGACGUGAUGAGAGUGCUGGACAGACACGGAGCCGGCACGGCAGGGUCGGGCAAUGGCGAGAGGCCAGCGGGAACCAGCGCUCAGCAGACCCCCCAGUGGUGCUCGGUGUGCGAGAGCCUCUACAGCGGGUCAGAGGCACAGCACCAGAGCUCCACCCUGCACCAGUUCAACCGCGGCCGCCUUAGCCAGCCGGCAGCCCCGCACUACUGCCUACCCCCGUCCAGCGCCGGCUACCGCAUGAUGCUCCGCAGUGGCUGGAACCCUGGAGCCGGCCUGGGGCCAGAGGGACAGGGACCAAGACAGCCAGUCCGCACCAUACUGAAGCGGGACCAGGCCGGAUUGGGGUACGGACCAACCCCUCGCCCCAAGGUGACACACUUUCAGCCAAAGGACGCUCAGGCAGUGGAGCGGCCAACUAAGUCGACGGAAAGACGAGAGAAGGGGACAACGCUCAACGCCAAAGCCCAGAGGAGGAGAGAGGAGAGGCAGCGGGGCUGGGAGAGAGACUUCCGGACUUCAUUUAAUAUUGACUUGUGACUAGGGGUGUGUUACGAGCAAGCAGCCAGGUAACUCAUGCCGAGAAAAUCAAAAUGGACUUCAACAGACUGCAUUUGAGAAUGAGUCAGCCAAUGAGUAGAACUGUGAUGAGAUGAACACAAUACAGUUGGAGAAAUACCUUUUGAUUAAUAUAGGGUUUAUAUAGUGAGUGUAUAGUUUUGUGAAAUAUACUGACUUUUAUCAAAAUUAUAUUAUUGUCAAUAGAGAUGAAUUACCAAAAUAUAUUCUGUAAACUCUCCACUGAGGGCAUGUUGAGGCAAUGAAAGUUCAAGGGUGCAGUACGCACAUCCAAAGAGUUGAGUACAGGAAAGCACAAGCAUGUAAAAGAAUGUUGAGUCCGCACACCAGAAUCUGCUCCUUAGCGUUUUUUUUAUUGGUAGGCUAUAUCACCACAUGUGACGUUUCGGGCCCCAGCCCUUCAUCAGAUCCAUUCGUGCUGGACAGGAAAGCACAAGCAUGUAAAAGAACGUUGAGUCCGCACCCCAGAAUCGGCUCCUUAGCGUUUUUUUAUUGGUAGGCUAUAUCACCACAUGUGACGUUUCGGGCCCCAGCCCUUCAUCAGACAUGAAAUAAGUGGGGAGACACCUCCAUAUAUACAUCCAUGAUCCAAUCACGUUAAAGUGCAAUUCCAUCAUGAAAGGACAGAUAUAAAUACAGAGAUAGUAAGGAAUAUACCACUAAGGUGUGUUACAACAGUUCAAAUCAAGGUCUUCAUUCAACCCUUUUGGAGCGUAAGUGUUGAGGGUGUAGAUCCAAAAUGCUUCUCUCUUAAGUAACAGACAAUUAACAUUUUCUCCACGGAAGGGCUGUUUAACCAGUUCAAUGCCACAAUAUCUGAGAGUGGAUACAUUGUGAGAGGCUUGUGUGAAGUGCAUCGCUACUGGGCUUUUGGUGUCAUGGUUGCGAAUAUUUGAUCUGUGUUCUGAGAUUCUUGUUUUCAGUGGUCUAGUCGUUUUACCAACGUAGGCCAAGCCGCACUGGCACUUAAGCAAAUAGAUUACGUUCUUGGUGUUGCAGGUGAUCACACCUUUGAUGUCAUAAGGUUUUCCUGUGCGUGGGUGAUUAAAGAUGCUGGUUUUAUAUGUGAAGUUGCAUCUGUAAUUCCCAAAGGGAAUAGUCAUAAAUAAAAAUGUGGUGGAGUCAAUGGUGGGAGUUCUCACCAACAUGUU